AUGUCGGCUAUCGAAGAAACUGGCGAUGAGUCGCUCUACCCGAUCGCCGUGCUUAUUGAUGAGCUGCGCAAUGAGGACGUCACUCUCCGUCUUAACAGCAUCCGAAAGCUGUCCACCAUUGCGUUGGCACUCGGAGUGGAACGCACACGCAACGAGCUCAUACAGUUCUUAACUGACACCAUUUAUGAUGAGGAUGAGGUGCUUCUGGUCCUCGCCGAACAGCUGGGAAACUUCACACCGCUGGUCAGUUUAGCUUAUCGAGAUCGACUGCCUAAACAACUAUUUUCCAGGUCGGAGGUCCAGAUCACGUUCAUUGCCUUCUCCUGCCGCUCGAGAACUUGGCCACUGUCGAGGAGACCGUUGUCCGUGAUAAGGCCGUUGAGAGCCUUCGCAAGAUUGCUGACAAGCACAGUUCGGCUUCUCUCGAAGAGCACUUCGUGCCGAUGCUCCGCCGUCUUGCCACUGGAGACUGGUUCACUUCCCGUACGUCGGCUUGCGGCCUUUUCUCCGUAGUCUAUCCGCGUGUCAGUCCGGCUAUCAAGACCGAUCUUAAGAGGUGAGUAUAUUGCAUGAUUCAGAGCGACACGCUAGUUUUUUCUUUAUUUCAGCAUGUUCCGCACACUGUGUCGUGACGACACUCCUAUGGUUCGUCGCGCCGCCGCUUCGAAGCUUGGCGAGUUCGCUAAAGUGUUCGAGAAGACGGCCGUCGUGGAAGGACUUCACUCCAGUCUCACCGACCUACACGUCGACGAGCAGGACUCGGUCCGUCUUCUCACCGUCGAAUCUGCCAUCGCCUUCGGAACUCUUCUCGACAAGGCGAGCAAGAAGAAGCUGGUGGAGCCAAUUCUCAUGGAGUUGUUCGACGAUAAGUCGUGGCGUGUGCGCUAUAUGGUCGCCGAGAAGCUCAUUGAGAUUCAGAACGUCCUCGGGGAAGACAUGGAUGUCAACUCCCUCGUCAACUACUACACGAACCUUCUGAAGGACCCAGAAGCUGAGGUCAGAUGCGCAGCCACUCAGCGCCUCCAAGAAUUCUCCGCCAACUUGCCAGAGGACAAGCGUCAAACGAUCAUCUGCAACAACCUGCUCGGAGUUGCCAAGGAACUUGUCACCGAUGGAAAUCAGCUCGUCAAGUCGGAACUGGCCGGUGUUAUCAUGGGCCUGGCCCCUCUGAUUGGAAAAGAGCAUACGGUGUCCGAGCUCUUGCCAAUCUACAUGCAAUUGCUGAACGAUCAAACACCCGAAGUCCGUCUCAAUAUAAUCACCAGCCUUGACAAGGUGAACGAAGUGAUCGGAGCCGCUCAAUUGUCCACUUCGCUGCUUCCUGCUAUCGUUGGAUUGGCCGAGGACGGAAAGUGGAGAGUGAGAUUGGCCAUCGUGCAGUUCAUGCCACUUCUCGCUGCUCAACUGGUAUCGUAUCUUUCAAGGUUUAUCUUGUGUAAUCAUUAUUUUAGGGACAAGAAUUCUUUGAUGAGAAACUGCUGCCGCUCUGCCUAAACUGGCUGACCGAUCACGGUAUAUUACAAUUUUACUUGCAUUGCUUCAUAUUAGUUGUUUUCAGUUUUCUCCAUUCGUGAGGCUUCCACUAUCAUCAUGAAAGAGCUGACUCAGAAAUUCGGAGGACAGUGGGCCAGCACAAACAUCCUUCCGAAAAUGCAGAAGCUUCAGAAGGACUCCAACUAUCUUCAGAGAAUGACGUGCCUGUUCUGCCUGAAUACGUUGAGCGAGGCGAUGACCCCGGAGCAAAUACUCAAGGAGAUUAUGCCAAUUGUUAAAGAUGUGAGGAAACGAAGAAUCAAGGAUUAGUAGUCAUAGAAAUUUUUCAGCUCGUUGAGGACGAUGUGCCAAAUGUCCGAUUCAACGCCGCCAAAAGCCUGAAACGAAUCGGAAAGAACCUUUCGGCCAAGUGAGUUUAUCUUUUCCUCUUGCAUUUAAUAUUGGAAUAUCUUCAGCACGUUGACCACCGAAGUGAAGCCAUUGCUCGAGAAACUCGGAAAAGACUCUGAUUUUGACGUUCGAUACUUUGCAGAAGAGGCCAAAAAUGGUAUGCCACUGUUGCCUAAUCAUCAGGUUUAAAUUGACUAAUUUCAGCUCUGGGCUUGUAA